AUGGUCCGAUAUCAGGAGCUGGACAGGAUAAAGAAGGAGGCAGAAGAUAAGAAGAAAAAGGAAGAGGCGCUGAAGGAGGCAGCGCUGAAACGGAAGGUGGCGGAGAAAUUGGCGCUGGAGGCGCGGCCACACAAGCUCUUUGUGGCCGGCGACGGGCGAGGGAGCUUCGAGAAGUUGUUCUCUACAGUUCAGGCUCAAGCAGCCAAAGUUGGCGGCAUCGAGGCAUUGCUGUGCGUCGGCCGCCUGCUGCCCAUGGAGUCUGAAGGAUCCGCGCUGCCAUACCUGCGCGGGGAGAAGAAGCCGCCGCUCGAGACCUUCUUUGUGGACUGCGACGCCGCGUUGCUGCAGGCAGCGCCGCUGGGCUGUACCCUGUCAGAGAACCUGCACUUCCUGGGAGGCUACGGCGUGAAGACGAUCUGCGGUCUUCGCGUAGCCUUCCUCUCCGGCUACUACGACCCUGCCAAGUACGGCACGGCGGACGCGGACUUCGUCGGCGGAGCCUUCACAGCCAACGCGGUGCACGGCCUCAGGAGGCUGGCGGCGGAGGACAAGUGGAAGCGCGGUGUGGACCUGCUGCUCACCGCGGGGUGGCCGCAGGGCUUGGAGGCCAAGCUGGAGGACUCUGUCAAGCCCAGCAAGGAUGAGCCAGCGUGGCAGGCCGCGUGCGCGGCCCCGCUGGCGGAGCUGUGUUGCGGCUUGGAGCCGCGCUACCACCUCUUCGGCACUGCGGACGUAUUCUACCAGCGCCCUCCGUUUAAGGGCCAAAGUGCCGAGGGCCAACCCAACAUGACACGCCCAUCAAUCGCCAUGGCGCUGGCGCUGCUUCCGCUGCUGCCGACUGCCCUGGCUAUGCGUUCGCUCGAGCGCCUCAGCGAGCGACUGGGCGAGCGCCGCGUGGAGAAGUUGAGGCCCCUGCGCGCCUUCAACGCCACAGGGCUGCGGAUGCUGAUGAAGGGGGCCCACCUGCCGCUGUCUCUUGCGGAAGUCCAGGACCAGCCCUCCGCUCACCCCCCGCUGCCGGCGGAGUGGCGAAACCGGCUGAGCUGCGCGCAGAUGGGCGAGGGCGGCUUCGGGGUUGUGCUCAAGUGCCGGGUGAUCUGCGGAGGUGCGGCAGGCGGGCAAAAGGAGGCCUAUGUGUCUGUGAAGUGGAUCCGAGACAAGCAUGAAGAGAACAUCAAGGAAGUCAAGGCAUUGCGGGAGAUGUCUGAGAUUUCCAGUUUUUGCGUCUCUUCGAUUGGCUCUCCCGAUUUCAUCGACAACCAGGAUGGGCUGUGGAUCAUGAUGCCUCACUUCAACGGCGGCAGCCUGCGCGAGUUCUUGAACAAGCAGUGCCUUGAUCGCGGCUGCGCAGCCUCUGGCCCCAAGAAGAGUUGGCCAGCAGACAUCGGCGGCGAUCUGUUUGUGCUGGCCCUUUUUUAUGAGAUUGUGGAAGGGGUGCAGGCCAUGCACAGCAAACAGCUGGUGCAUAUGGACCUGAAGCCUGACAACAUCAUGCUCAACUACGAUAGCAGUGGCACCAAGAUGCAUGCGGUGGUCAUUGAUCUGGGUCUUGCUUGCCAUUUCGGCGAAUGCGAGCAGUGCGGAUCGCCUGGAUACAUUGCUCCGGAAGUGGUUCUCGACAAUGCGCACGUGGGAAAGGCGGCAAACGACGUGUGGUCGCUGGGGGCGAUCUUGUACGACUUGACCUACAGUGCCAGACCGCCCUUCUCCAACGACGUGCUAGGUUCUGAGACUGUGAGAUAUUCUCCGCAGAACGAUUCGAACAUCCUUCCGGCGGAGCCGAUGGACGCGUUGAUUCUGGGCAUGCUGAACCCAGAUCCAUAUGCUCGCCUCACUCUGGACCAGGUGCUCGCGAGGCUGGAGGAGUACAUCAUGUCCCAGGACCCGUCGCGAGAGGUGUUGAACAUGAUGUACAACAGCCCUCAAGAGCGGGGGAUCUCUGCGGACCGGCCCGACUGCAUUGUCGAGGAGUAUCAGGUUGGCGACAUCGGAGAUGAGCCCUUCCGGCGGUCGCUUUGCCAUGACAAGCCCACGGCCGCCAAUUUCCUGCGCUGCGGGGUCUGCUGGGGCUGCAACCCCUGCUGCACGUGCCGGGUGAUGCGCCAUUUGCGAUUCGUCCAGGAGCACUUUCGGAUGGAGAAGUGCCAGUGA